GAAGAGAAGGGUCCGCUCCCGCCGCCAUCUUGUUACAGCAUCCGCAGACUGGUCGCGUCGAGCCUCGCAGGAUCGGAGGUGAAUCCCGCCGAAGGGGCGCCAUCAUGCCCGGACACUUGCAGGAAGGCUUCGGCUGCGUCGUCACCAACCGGUUCGACCAGCUAUUUGACGACGAGUCCGACCCGUUCGAGAUCCUGAAAGCCGCCGAGAGCAAGAAGAAGGAGGCGGCCGCCGCCGGCUCCAAGACCGCGGCUCAGGCCGCCAAGCAGCCCAGGAAGGAGUCGCAGAAGGACCGGAAAAACCCACUGCUGGACAAGAAGGAGGAGAGCCAGGCUCCGGCGCCGCUCAAGAAAGAAGGCAUCAGGCGGGUGGGCCGGCGACCGGACCAGCAGGGCCAGGUGGGACCCCAACACCUGGGGGGGCAGGGUGAGGGGCGGCCCGGAGACAAGAGGCCGGACCGGAGACCACCGCGCGAGCGCCGGUAUGAGAAGCCUGCCGAGGACAAGCCCGAGGGAGCCGGAGAGUUUUCUGCAGACAAGCCUUCUGGAGACCGGCCCCCAAGAGGGCGUGGUGGCGGCCGCGGCGGGCGUGGGGGACGAGGGCGGGGCAUGGGCCGAGGAGACGGCUUUGACUCGCGCGGGAAACGGGAUUUUGAAAGACACAGCACCAGCGACAAGUCCAAUGUAAAAACUGAGGAAAAGCGUAGUGGGAGUGGAUCACACAACUGGGGCACCACCAAGGAUGAAGUCAAUGAGGCUGAACAGACUGCUGCUCCUGAGACGACUCCAGAGGGGGAGGAAACUGCACCAGCCGGCUCUGAGAACAAAGAGAAUGAGGUGGAAGAGGUGAAAAAUGAAGGCCCCAAAGAGAUGACCCUGGACGAGUGGAAGGCCAUGCAGGACAAGGAGCGCACCAAGGUGGAGUUCAACAUCCGCAAGCCCAACGAGGGAGCCGACAGCCAGUGGAAGAAGGGAUACGUCCUGCACAAGUCCAAGAGUGAAGAUAGACCAGUCGGAGCUUUGAUUGAUGCCCCGGAGGUGGAUCCAGAAGCACAGACCGUGUAUCAAAAGCCGCAGGGAACCCUCGACGAGUCCAGCGACCACCACUUCCGCAAGCCGGCCAACGACAUCACCUCCCAGCUGGAGAUCAACUUCGGAGACCUGGGCCGUCCCGGCCGCGGCCGCGGCGGCGCUCGUGGAGGGAGAGGAGGCCGUGGCGGCGGCGGCGGCGGCGGCCGGGACGGCGGCGGGGGGGGAGGAGGCAGCAGGCCGAGCCGCGGGGGAGGCCGGUCCGAAAAGGUUGGUGGAGCGUCGGUCCCCAACGUGGAUGAUCCGGAGGCGUUCCCGGCCCUGGCCUAGAGGCCCGGUCUCCCACCACCAGCCCCCCACCCGCCCCUCCGGGCCCUCCUCUACGAGGCUUGCAUGCUUACCACAUCUUCAAGUAAUUAAGAAAAAUAAGAGGAAAAAAAAAGACAAAAAGAGACUGUCAUCCCCCCCAUACCACUCACAACACCAGAGGACUAAAAUUUUAUGUUUUAAAGAACAAAAGAUGAAAAAGAAAAAAAAAAGGCGGGAAAAAGGACCUCUUGUUACACUGAAGUUUUGUAUUUAGGAACAUGAAAGCAGGGAUGUUUUCUGUUUUUCUUUUCAGAGAUUAUGCAUCCUUCAUUGAUAUUUUUGUGCUGCUUGAAUUUAUGCAUUUCUACAACUAGGUUGAAGCGUGUGCAUCUCUUCAGAAGCUUUCGUUGGUUUCAUUUUAUUACCCCGGUGACUUCUGCUCAGUUUUAUGAGGUCACUCGUAGGUUUUCUACUCGAGCGUUACCGUUUCAGUAUAUACACGCUGACGUGGUAGCAUACACUACAGAGAAAAAAACCCAACUUGUUCUAGGUUACUAGAUGUCCGAUGUACAUUUAAAAAUGUAAUUAUUUGGGUCUUGAUCGCUCAUCCCUCUGUGAGGCACAAAUUCAGGAUGGGUGACCAGCGAAGUGACUUCAUGCUAGAGUUCGGUAUCCGUCUGCUUGUCGUGCAGUGAUAUAUUUUUUUUAUUUUAUUAUAUUUUAUCUUCUUGUGGACCAUUGGUUAGUAAUGCCUUGUCUCCCCUGAUCCAGAUGUGCUGCCUGUGUUUUCAGGGUGCCCCGGGGCCCAGUGUAUCUUUAGGCUGGUCCUCUUAGGUCACGCAGACUAUCUGUACCUUCUGGACCACUAACUAUUAUUAUUAUUAUUAUUAUUAUUAUUAUUAUUUUGUUUUUUGUCUUUCUGUCUUGUCAGUGUCUGUCUGUGUGUGUGUCUGAGUGUGUGUUUGUGUCUGAGUGUGUGUGUGUGUGCGUGUGCGCAGCCAAGUGUGAGAUUGAAUGUGUGGAUUUGACAGCUAGUUACUUAGAAUUUAAGUAUUUCUCUGCUUUGAACUUGUUUGUUUCUCAUAGAGUGCAAGUUCUCGCCUGAAAUAGUUCAUAUUGUCUUUUGAGAAGUGAUUGUUGACGUGUAGACGACGACGACGAUGAUAAAAAGGACCAUGGACAUAUCUUGCUCCUACAGUAUCUGUACUGUCAAAGCAAUUUUAUCGACGCCAAGCCUCAGAUGUUUUUUUUUUCCUCUUCUCCUUUGAAGCCCAUACUUGCUGUUUUUUCUUCUUCAAAUCAGUGCAGGAGCAUCCGUGCAUUUUUUCUUUUUUUUUUUUCUUUCUGAAAGCAAUCUCAGCUGUCAUUGUGAAUUAAUCAUGAGCCACAGAAUGUAAUGUAAGCUAAUGUUGCUUUCAGCCACCUGUGUCAGCAUUUCCAGUAAGCAUUUUCUUUUAAUCAAUGGAUUAUAUUUCACAAAUGGGUUUGAAAACGGGGAGGAGGGAGUGUACAUUUUAAAAAUACAGAUUCAAUUUUAAAGCUUUACAUGUUGUGCUCUGCAAAAAAACGCUUGCUGGCAGUGUGCCGAUACAGACGGCUGGAGCAGUUUUCUUGUAGGACCGUCUGAGCCACAUGAAGACGAAACUUUCUGCAAACAUCCCUGUUCUAAUAAAUUGCUUUAGAGGUGUUAA